CGUUUGCUCAACUUGACUUGUCUUCAUCCUCCUCACAACACACAAGAUAAUGGCGGUUAAUGUAGAUACCGUUGCUUCCGCCUCGACGGCAGGUCCACGAGCACGAUGGAAGUACCUCGACAACAUCCUCACACGGACGGGCCCAUUCACGGACGAGGAUUCUUUCAUGCCGGGAGAGCCAGCCAUAGAGACUCUAGAUAGGGCAAAAGUACUAGUCAUCGGAGCCGGAGGUCUAGGUUGUGAGAUUCUCAAGAACCUCGCUCUCUCGGGCUUCAAAGACAUCCACGUGAUCGACAUGGACACCAUCGACGUCAGCAACCUAAACCGGCAAUUCCUCUUCCGCCACGCAGACGUAGGGAGUUACAAAGCCGAAGUGGCCGCGCGCUUCGUCGAAAAGCGCGUCAAAGGCGUGCAGAUAACACCUUACUGCGGGAAAAUCCAGGACAAAGAUGAAGCGUACUACAUGCAAUUCGCCAUGAUAGUGUGCGGGCUGGACAGCGUCGAAGCCCGACGCUGGAUCAACGCCACGCUCGUCGGCAUGGUCGACGAGAACAACCCAGACUCGCUGAAGCCGCUGAUCGACGGCGGGACAGAGGGCUUCAAGGGCCAGGCCAGGGUCAUCCUCCCCACAAUGACAAGCUGCAUCGAAUGCCAACUCGACAUGCACGCCCCGCGCGCCGCAGUCCCACUGUGCACACUCGCCACCAUCCCCCGCCAGCCCCAGCACUGCAUCGAAUGGGCGCACAUCAUCGCGUGGGAGGAGGAGCGCAAGGACAUGACGCUCGACACAGACGACCCCGAGCACAUCACGUGGCUGUACCAGAAAGCGCUGAAGCGCGCCCAGGAAUUCGACAUCCCCGGCGUCACGUACUCGAUGACGCAGGGCGUGGUUAAGAACAUCAUCCCCGCUAUUGCGAGCACAAACGCCAUCGUGGCUGCUAGCUGCUGCAACGAGGCCUUCAAGAUCAUGACGAAUGCGAACCCUUUCCUGGGCUAUCCCGAGCGCGAGAACUAUAUGAUGUACACGGGCGACGAUAGCGUGUAUACGUAUACGUUUGAGCACCAGAAGAAGGACGAUUGUCCUGUGUGUGGGGCUGGCAAUAUCGCUCGCCCCCUGCAAGUCAGUCCGAAUGCCACGCUGCAGGACUUCAUUGACGGGCUGGCGGAGCGACCCGAGGCACAACUUAAGAAGCCGUCCAUCCGCACAGGUGAGAAGUCGCUGUACAUGCAGUUGGCUGGCCUGGAGGAGCAGACGCGCCCCAACUUGGCCAAGAAGAUGGGUGAGCUGGUCGAGGAGGGCGAGGAGCUGCUUAUUACGGAUAAGUCGUUCCCGACACAGUUCAAGUACAAGGUGGUCUUCCAGAAGUGAGGCCCGUGUCGUUUAUCAUCGGACGCGGUCUAUGGUUAUGAGCAUAGAAGGACGCAGAAGUAGGGCAACGCAUCACAGCACUGACAUUCGAAGAGGGAUGUAGAUGGGCUGAUAGCCUCGAGUCUG